GGUGUGUGGGUUGGGACACGCUGUAAGGAAAUAUUAAAGAGCUGGGUAAACAAUGCAAUCUGGAGUUGAGAGAGAAGCAGCAUGGCAGAGCUCUGUGUCCGCUCCGUUCUGGUGACUGGGGCCAACCGAGGCAUCGGCCUGGGACUUGUCCAGCAUUUCCUGAGGAUGCCAAAGCCACCACAGUGGAUCUUUGCAACUUGUCGGGACCCCAAGGGACAGAGAGCGCAGGAGCUACAGAAUUUGGCCUCCAAACAUCCCAACCUGGUCAUCAUUGCUCUGGAAGUCGCUGACCCUGCCAGCAUCAAGGCAGCUGCAGCCAAGGUUGGGGAGCACCUGGGGGGCUCUGGGCUGAACCUCCUCAUCAACAAUGCCGGAAUGCUGAAGCCUAAGACAAUUGAUGCUGAAACAUUGGAGGACAUGACUGAGACUUACACCACUAACACAGCUGGACCCCUGCUGAUGGGCCAGGCAUUCCUGCCCUUGCUGAAGAAGGCUGCCCAGGGGAGCCCAGGCUCAGGGCUGAGCUGCAGCAAGGCUGCCAUCAUCAAUGUAUCAAGCAGUGCUGGCUCCAUCGCUUCUACCUUUGGUUGGGACUUCAGGCAAGCUGUCUCCUACCGCUGCAGCAAGGCUGCUCUGAACAUGCUGAGUAAGUGCCAGUCCCUGGUGUACAAGGAGCACGGCAUCCUCUGCGUCGCUCUCCACCCCGGCUGGGUGCAAACCGACAUGGGCUGCUCUUUUGGAGACAUGCCCCCUGUGACACCGGAUGAGAGCGUGCAAGGGAUGCUGAAGGUCCUCUCCUCCCUCUCCGAGAAGGAGACCGGCGCCCUCCUGGACUGGGAAGGGAAGGUUGUACCCUGGUGAGACCUCACUUGAAGAUCCUGGCAGCCAGAAGGGACCCUGUGCCACUGCUUCCACCUGUCCCACAUCCUCAAUAAACUCCUGCCAAGA